AUGAACACACCACUCGGACCAACGCCUUACCUCUUGUCUCAAAAAUUCCCCAUUGUCCCAGCUUUUCGUUACUGCUCCAGCAUCGUAUCACAUGGGAAGCUUCAGUGGCGACGCGCUAACCCUUCAACCAGAGCAAGAUGCAUUUCGACCACCCCCGCACGCAAAUACGCCACGACCGGCACCGUCGACCUCGAGGGCCUCGAGCCGACGCCCAUCUUCCAUCUGAACGAAGUGGAGGAGAUGAUGAAAGAGUCGGUCUCCAAGUUCGCCAACGAAACCAUCCUGCCCAAGGUGCGCGAGAUGGAUGAGAAGGAGGCCAUGGACCCCGCGAUCGUCGAGCAGUGCUUCGAGCAGGGCCUGAUGGGCAUCGAGAUCCCGGAGAAGUACGGUGGCGCGGGCAUGAACUUCACCGCCGCCAUCGUGGGCAUUGAGGAGCUGGCGCGCAUCGAUCCCAGCGUGAGCGUCAUGGUCGAUGUCCACAACACCCUGUGCAAUACGGCGAUUAUGAAGUACGGCACGGAGGAGUCCAAGUCCAAGUGGCUGCCCAAGCUGGCAACCGACACCGUCGGCUCUUUCUGCCUGUCCGAGCCGGCGUCGGGAUCCGAUGCAUUCGCGCUCAAGACCAAGGCGGAGAAGACGGCGGAUGGGUACAAGAUCAACGGCAGCAAGAUGUGGAUUUCCAACUCCGUCGAGGCCAACUUCUUCAUCGUCUUCGCCAACCUCAACCCCGAGGCGGGCUACAAGGGCAUCACGGCGUUCAUCGUCGACAAGGAGAUGAAGGGCUUCAGCAUCGCGAAGAAGGAGAAGAAGCUGGGCAUCAAGGCGUCGAGCACGUGCGUCAUCAACUUUGACGACGUGGAAAUUCCCAAGGGCAAUUUGCUCGGCGAGGAGGGGCAGGGCUACAAGUACGCCAUUGGCCUCCUCAACGAAGGCCGCAUCGGUAUUGCCGCGCAGAUGACGGGUCUCGCUCUCGGCGCGUGGGAGAACGCGGCCAAGUACUGCUGGAACGAUCGCAAGCAGUUUGGUCAGCUCGUCGGCGAGUUCCAGGGAAUGCAGCACGAGCUUGCCCAGGCCUACACCGAAAUCACCGCCGCUCGCGCUCUGGUCUACAAUGCUGCGCGGAAGAAGGAAGCUGGUCAGGACUUUGUCAUCGACGCGGCCAUGGCGAAGCUCUACGCGUCGCAGAUUGCCGGCAAGGUGAGCGCGCAGGCUGUGGCGUGGAUGGGAGGAAUGGGCUUCGUGCGCGAAGGCCUGGCAGAGAAGUACUACCGCGAUGCGAUGAUUGGCCAGAUUUACGAGGGCACGUCAAUGAUUCAAAAGACGACGAUCGGGCGGUUGUUGCAGAGGGAGUACACCACUUAG